CAGCAUAACUGGGCAUAUAUUUCACGAUUCUCAUUCAAUCAGAACCACGAACCCAUACUUACGCGGCAAUCUCUGAUCCUCUCUUCACUUCUGUUUGAUUCUUCUCACUCUUUCUUCCUUCUACAGCCUUCAAAUUCCACCGAUUCAACUGUUGUUUGAAUCACAGCUUCCAGUCCAGUAUUAAUGGCGAAAUUCUCUUUAAGAACAGACUACAACUGGUGUCGUAAUCGUUUAUCGCAUCAUACGCGUUCACGGACUCAAAUAUUCGGCACCGCCUUCAAAAGCCGUGACUUGCUCCUUUUCCCUUCACAGAACCACUUGAAGUUAUCCGUUUCUUGUGGUGUUAAAGGGAAGGAAAAUAUUUCAGAGAUUAAUGAAGUUAAGCCAACACUAGUUAAUGGGAUACGUGUUAAUGAUUCGGAUUUGGAUGAUGAAAGUAGUUCUGGAAUGGUUGGGUUUAGCUGGACUUGGCCUCCUUGGAAAAAUGUUCCUGAAAGAUAUAAGAUUAUUGGCACAUCUUCUCUAGCUUUUGUCAUAUGUAAUAUGGAUAAGGUGAAUUUGAGUAUAGCUAUAAUCCCCAUGUCACAUCAGUUUGGGUGGAAUGCAUCUGUAGCUGGACUUGUUCAAUCAUCAUUUUUCUGGGGUUAUGCAAUGAGCCAGUUACCUGGGGGGUGGCUUGCUAAGAUAUAUGGUGGAAGGAAAGUUCUAGAGAUUGGUGUCCUCUCCUGGUCAAUGGCUACCUUACUUGUUCCUCUCGUAGCCGGAUACAUGCCUGGACUCAUUUUGUCAAGAAUACUGGUGGGCAUAGGUGAAGGUGUUUCCCCCUCGGCUGCAACUGAUCUUAUUGCAAGGACAAUCCCCUUGGAAGAACGUUCACGAGCUGUAUCAUUUGUUUUUGGUGGUCUAAGUGUUGGAAGUGUGGCUGGGCUUAUUCUGGCACCUCCUCUCAUUCAGAACUUCGGUUGGGAAUCAGUAUUCUACCUAUUUGGUGUUUUGGGUUUAGGCUGGUUUUCAGGAUUUCAAUUAGUUAAGGACGAACAGCCUACUGUAGAUGCAUCAGUGCGUACACUGGCCUCAUCCAAAACCGGGAAUAAGCCAUUGAAUAAUUCUUUGCCAGAGCUGAGUAGUUCAAUACAGGAUAUUCCAUGGAAGGCAUUUUUCAAAACAAAAGCUGUAUGGGCAAUGAUAUAUGCACAUUUUUGUGGUAGUUGGGGACACUAUACCUGUUUGUCUUGGCUACCUACUUAUUUCAGUGAGGAGCUGAAUCUUAACUUAACAGAAGCAGCAUGGGUAUCUGUGCUGCCUCCCCUUGCUUCUAUUUUGGUAACCAGCUUUGCAGCGCAACUUGCGGACAGUUUAAUUUCCAAAGGAGUUGAGACUACUUUGGUACGGAAGAUCUGCCAAACCAUUGCGUUUCUAUCUCCUGCUACUUGUAUGAUCUUUUCCUCUUUGGAUUUUGGACUUCCACCAUGGGAAGUUGUUGCCAUACUUACUGCCGGAUUAGCACUCUCCAGCUUUGCCUUGUCAGGAUUGUAUUGUACCCAUCAAGAUAUCUCACCCGAAUAUGCUAGCAUACUUUUGGGCAUCACAAACACCGUGGGAGCUGUACCUGGAAUUGUUGGUGUCGCUCUCACCGGCUACCUUCUUGAUUCAACUCAUUCAUGGAGUCUGUCACUGUUUGCACCGUCAAUCUUCUUUUACCUAACGGGCACAGUCGUUUGGCUCGCUUUUGCAAGCAGUGUACCUCAGACCUUUUUGAAGGAAGAUUGAUGAUGAGCACAUUAUCAUCGCUCAAUCGCAGUAAGAUUAGUAUAGCAUCGUUUUGAAAGAUGCAUCCCAACCUUUUUUUAUUCUAUAGAUAUAGAAAGUAAAAAAUAUUCCCACAUUUGAAUUACUACUCAAUCAUUUGUUAGCUUGCUAGAAAAUGAUCUUUGUUGUAUUGUAUCAAUGUCCAUGAUAAAUACUACAAUAUUUUAACAUGUAAUAUAGCUUUCCCUCUCUUUCU